CUGAAGCCUCUUUUCUAAUGGGACGCUUGAGCGUGGACACCACCGAGGCGCGGCUUGCUAACGUGAAUCCGAUCGGGGAAGGCGCACUUCCGUUCCACAGUUGGAGAAGGAUGCAAGCCAGAGUGGGGGAAGGGAGAGAUCGGUGGAGUCGGGGGAGGGACCAUAUCCGGGAGAGUGGCAGCUUCCGACCAGUGGUCGCGCUUCCGGAGAGGCGCUUCCGGCGGCGGCGGCAGCAGCGACUGUGGUGGUUCCGGGUGUCUUUGUCCCCCGGUGUCGCGGCCCUGGCCCGCAGGUUUUUUCCCAAAACUCUGAAAAAGGACAGCAUUCACAAUGUCCCAGUUUAAGCGCCAGCGGAUCAAUCCGCUUCCAGGGGGACGCAACUUUUCAGGCGCAGCUUCAACAUCUCUUCUGGGACCUCCUCCUGGUUUGCUCACUCCUCCUGUGGCUACAGAUCUGUCCCAAAAUGCCAGGCACCUUCAGGGUGGGGAGAAGCAGCGGGUCUUCACUGGAAUUGUUACCAGUUUGCACGACUACUUUGGGGUGGUGGAUGAAGAGGUUUUUUUUCAGCUAAGUGUGGUGAAGGGGCGGCUGCCCCAGCUGGGUGAGAAGGUGCUGGUGAAGGCUGCAUACAACCCAGGCCAGGCAGUGCCUUGGAAUGCUGUCAAGGUGCAAACACUCUCCAACCAGCCCCUGCUGAAGUCGCCAGCACCUCCCCUUCUGCACGUGGCAGCCCUGGGCCAGAAGCAAGGCAUCCUGGGAGCUCAGCCUCAGUUGAUCUUCCAGCAUCACCGAAUUCCCCCUCUCUUUCCUCAGAAGCCUCUGAGUCUCUUCCAAACAUCCCACACUCUUCACCUGAGCCACUUGAACAGAUUUCCUGCUCGGGGUCCUCAUGGAAGAUUGGAUCAGGGCCGAAGUGAUGACUAUGACUCCAAGAAACGUAAACAACGGGCUGGCGGAGAGCCUUGGGGUGCCAAGAAACCAAGGCAUGACCUGCCUCCUUACCGGGUCCACCUCACUCCCUAUACUGUGGACAGCCCCAUCUGUGACUUCUUAGAACUCCAGCGCCGUUACCGCAGCCUCCUGGUUCCCUCAGAUUUUCUGGCUGUUCAUCUGAGCUGGCUGUCAGCCUUCCCUCUGAGCCAGCCCUUUUCCCUCCACCAUCCAAGCCGUAUCCAGGUAUCUUCUGAGAAGGAGCCAGCUCCAGACACUGGUGCUGAGCCUAUCCCUUCAGACAGUGACCCCGGAUAUAGUUCCAAGGUACUGUUGCUCUCUUCCCCUGGAUUGGAGGAAUUGUAUCGUUGUUGUAUGCUGUUUGUGGAUGACAUCGCUGAGCCGAGGGAGACGCCAGAACAUCCUUUGAAGCAGAUUAAGUUUUUGCUGGGCCGGAAAGAUGAAGAGGCAGUGCUGGUUGGGGGCGAGUGGUCUCCUUCCUUGGAUGGCCUUGACCCCAAGGCUGACCCGCAGGUGCUAGUCCGCACCGCGAUCCGGUGUGCACAGGUUCAGACUGGCAUUGACUUGAGCAGCUGCACAAAGUGGUGGCGCUUUGCUGAGUUUCAGUACCUGCAGCCGGGACCCCCAAGGCGGCUCCAGACAGUGGUGGUGUACCUGCCGGAUGUCUGGACCAUUAUGCCUACUUUGGAAGAGUGGGAGGCCCUGUGCCAGCAGAAAGCUGCAGAGGCAGCUCUCCCACCGCAGGAGUCACCAGUGGAAACAGAGUCUUCUGAACAGGCGGCAGAUGCAUCGGAGCAAGCAGCAGACACCUCUAAACAAAAUGCAGAGAAUCCGGAGGUCACCGCGCAGCAGGAAAUGGACACAGAUCUCCCAGAGGCCCCUCCACCUCCUCUAGAACCUGCUGUCAUUGCACGCUCUGACUGUAUAAACCUCUCUCUCCAUGGUAUUGUGGAGGAUCGGAGGCCAAAAGAAAGAAUCUCUUUUGAGGUGAUGGUGUUGGCUGAGCUAUUUCUGGAGAUGCUGCAGAGGGAUUUUGGCUAUAGGAUUUAUAAGAUGCUGCUGAGCCUUCCUGAAAAGGUAGUGACUCCACCUGAACCUGAGAAGGAGGAGCCAGCCAAGGAGGAAGCAGUUAAGGAGGAAGAAGUGGUCAAAGAGGAGGUGGCCAAGGAGUCGAAGGAUGAGGUACAGAAUGAGGGAGCAGCUGCUGAGUCAGACACCCCACUGAAGGAGGAUGGACUUUUGCCCAAACCCCCAUCUUCUGGGGGAGAGGAAGAAGAGAAGCCCCGGGGUGAGGCAUCUGAGGACCUUUGUGAGAUGGCUCUGGACCCAGAACUGCUGCUUCUGAGGGAUGAUGGAGAAGAGGAAUUUGCAGGAGCAAAGCUGGAGGAUUCGGAGGUACGGUCCGUUGCCUCAAACCAGUCAGAGAUGGAAUUCUCUUCACUUCAGGACAUGCCCAAGGAGCUGGAUCCCUCUGCUGUGCUCCCCUUGGAUUGUCUCCUUGCUUUUGUGUUCUUUGAUGCCAACUGGUGUGGCUACUUGCACCGGAGAGACUUGGAGAGGAUUCUACUUACCCUUGGGCUACGGCUUAGUGCAGAGCAGGCCAAGCAGCUGGUCAGCAGGGUGGUGACCCAGAACAUCUGCCAGUACCGGAGCCUUCAGUAUAGCCGCCAGGAGGGCAUGGAUGGCGGACUUCCUGAGGAGGUGCUCUGUGGAAACCUUGAUCUGCUACCUCCUCCUGGGAAAAGCGCAAAGCCAAGUGCUGCCCCCAUGGAACACAAGGGCCUGGUGUCCCACAAUGGCAGCCUAAUCAAUGUGGGGAACCUGCUGCAGCGUGCAGAGCAGCAGGACAGUGGACGGCUCUACCUGGAGAACAAGAUUCACACACUGGAACUGAAGCUGGAGGAGAGCCAUAACCGAUUCUCAGCCACUGAAGUGACAAAUAAGACACUGGCGGCAGAAAUGCAGGAGUUGCGAAAUCGGUUGGCUGAGGCUGAGGAGACAGCCCGGACAGCUGAACGACAGAAGAACCAGCUUCAGCGGCUGCUACAGGACUUCCGAAGGCGCCUGACCCCUCUGCAGCUUGAGAUGCAGCGAAUGGUUGAAAAGGCCGACAGCUGGGUAGAGAAGGAGGAGCCAGCACCUACCAACUGAGGGGCUUUGCACAGGAACUGCCAUCCUGUGAGGUCAGCGAUGGAGUCUGCGGAAGUUAGAGCCCUUUUGGUACCAGAAAGCAGCUGGAGCAGGACCUAGGAGCCAUAGGCAGGGGAGGCUAACCCCUGUGCUCAGCCUCUGUAGGGGAGGUCAAGCUGUCAGGGUGGGGUCUAUCUGUGCUGUGAGACAGAUAAGUGAGGAACCCCAGUUCCAGUUACUACUAAAUACAACAUCUUUUACACCCCUAGAAUGUCAUUUUGCCCUCUACCUUGGAAUUCUUCUGGGGCCCUUUUAGUCUUGUGCUGACUUUCUCCUGUCCUCUUCCAAUUUAGAAUAAGACAGGGGAGGAAAAAGGCUUUUCGAGUACAUGACAAGGUCUAACACCAGUAAACUGAAGACACAGACAGGGAGUCUGGCUGGGGUUAAGAAGAACCCCAUAACCUGGAUGGCACAAAUCCUGCUAGGCUACAGGAGCAGGUUCUUGGGGAGGGCCUAACUUGGUCACCACUGGAACGGAGUCAGUGCUAGAAAGGUCUCAGUGUUGGGCUGUGUUUCUGUAUAGAACACUGUGUUCCAGCCACCCCAGACUUGCCGGAAGAAACCAGCACCUCUUUCCCCCUUGGUUCCCCAUGUUCAGAAUGUGGUAUUGGCUCUGGCCCAGCCUUUCUCCCUGUUACCCACCCAUAAUUCUCGCCUCUUUCCAUAAUCCGUGGUUUCAGUUUGACUUUGUAUAUGAAGUUUUUUUUUUUUUUUUUUUUUUUUUGGCUUUUUGUUUUUUAAAUAAACCAAAGUCAAAAAACAAA